AUGGAGUCCCGGGAGGUGAAGGCCGAGCAGCGGCAGCAGCCCGUGACGCCGAAGAAGCGCAGGAGACCGAAGCCGGAGAAGUCCGCGCAGGCGGACGGCGGAAGCUCCAGCUCGGCCGCCGAGUCGUCCCCGCUGAGUAGAACGUCGUCGUCGUCACCGCUGAGCAACGACGCUGACGGCAAGGGUCAGCAGCAGCAGCACCAUCAACAAGCCGGAGGCGGGAAGAGGCCGAGGCUCGUGUGGACUGACGAACUGCACGACUUGUUUGUGAAAGCAUACGACAGCCUUGGGGAUGAGGCUGUGCCCAGGAGAAUAUUGGAGAAGAUGAACGAGAAGAUGAACGUUCCUGAAGUUAGCAGAGAGAAAGUUGCAAGCCACCUUCAGAAACAUAAAUUGCAUCUGAGACGUCUAGCUGAAGAAGCUUCAAGUGAUUCCCCAACCAAAGAAGCACCGGCGCCCUCCCACCCUCUGCGUUCCCUUCCUCCAAACACUCGUUUGGCAGAGGUGUCUCAGGCACAGCUGGAGCUUGUGCAGGUACUCCAGCAGACACCGCCGGAUUGCUUGAGCAGAAGCAGCAGCAGCAUUGGAGCAAACCUUCAGAUUGUACAGUCGAUCAAGCAGCAGCUCUGUGGACCUCCCAUCAAGGAAGGAAGACAAGCACAGCCUGCUCAAACGAUGCAGCGAGUUCCCGCUGAUUCAGGCUGCUCUCCCGUAGGCAUGGAAACAUCAACCGCAGCAAUCUUGGUUCCUGAGGCCAACACAGAGGAGGCAGUGACACGCAUGGCGCAGGCUGCCAAGGCUGAAAACGCCGCGGAACCAGAAGAAGCGGCUCCUCGUCCUGGCAGCAUUCUUGGACAAUUCUGGGCGGUAGGAAUUAAGCGAUGA